AUUUGAGUGGUUUGGGGUGUGGGUGGAGAGUGCUGGGCUUUCCCCUAUUGGGAUUUCAGUGGGCUUGCCGGAGGAGAGGUCUCCCUCUCCCUCCCCUUCGGCGUCCGUCCUUUGGAUUGCUCCAGCCUUCCUGCUCGUUUCUUCCCCAGUGCUUGCGUGGAGAGCGGGCUCUUGGUCAGGUGAAGCCAAACUGUGGCCCCGACCUCGCAGGAACGGGAUUGGAGCUGCCGCGCUCUCGUCCUCCAGCAGUCCAGUUCUGGGCAGCCCCGGCGGGAGGAGCUCAGUGAAGUGGUUGCCCGGUGUAAGGGAGCCGUCGUGGGUGCGGGUGAGGGGAGGCUGCUCUCUCUGCAGCAAGACGCCCCUGUGCGAUUGUCCCCCCACCUCCUCCCCGACACCUCCCCGCCUUUCUUGGCUUUCCGACUCCGGGGCUCUCUCGGGGGCUCCCUCACGCUCCGUCCCUUCCCUCCCUUACAGCAAGCAACUCAGUCGGUCCUUGCUUCCUCCCGGAGGAGGAAGGAGUCGGAGGGGAGCGAUAAAACCCACUGCGGGAGCAGCCGAGAACUCAUCACGUCCACGCCGCCGACUUGCAGCAGCAGCAGCAGCAAGCCCUCUCGUUUCAUUGCCUCGGAUCGAAACUGCUUUCCGCCCGCGGUAGGAGUUCUCUUUUGUCCUAUCGGACCCUGAUGCUUUUGGGAAUGAGCACUUGUGGCAGAAAGGCCCUGACUCUGCUCAGCAGUGUGUUUGCUGUUUGUGGUUUGGGGCUCCUGGGAAUUGCUGUGAGCACUGACUACUGGCUGUAUCUGGAGGAAGGGAUCAUCCUGCCUCAAAACCAGAGCGCUGAAAUCAAGAUGUCUCUGCAUUCUGGCCUCUGGAGGGUUUGCUUUUUGGCAGGUGAAGAACGCGGGAGGUGUUUCACCAUAGAGUAUGUCAUGCCAAUGAAUGUCCAACUGACAUCUGAAUCAACAGUCAAUGUUUUAAAGAUGAUUCGUUCUGCCACUCCAUUCCCAUUGGUGAGCCUCUUCUUUAUGUUUAUUGGAUUCAUUCUGAACAACAUUGGACAUAUCCGGCCCCACAGAACCAUCCUGGCCUUUGUGUCUGGAAUCUUCUUCAUUCUCUCCGGUUUAUCUCUGGUUGUGGGGCUUGUACUGUACAUCUCCAGCAUCAAUGAUGAAAUGCUUAAUAGAACCAAGCACUCUGAGACUUACUUCACUUACAAAUAUGGAUGGUCAUUUGCCUUUUCUGCUAUCUCUUUUCUCCUGACAGAGAGCGCAGGUGUCAUGUCCGUCUACCUGUUCAUGAAGCGAUAUACAGCUGAGGAGAUGUACAGGCCUCAUCCUGGCUUCUACCGCCCACGGCUGAGCAACUGCUCUGACUACUCUGGCCAGUUCCUCCACCCAGAUGCCUGGGUGCGUGGGCGCAGUCCUUCUGAUAUCUCCAGCGAUGCUUCUCUCCAGAUGAACAGUAAUUACCCUGCUCUACUUAAAUGUCCAGAUUAUGACCAGAUGUCAUCCUCUCCGUGUUGAAUGGCAAGUUAACACCUCACCAUUUACAAAUGAAACACUGGUGGAGGCUGCUAUGUCCUGAAUCUGUACUUUUCAGAAAGGUCACUCUUACAGGACAAUCCCCCUCUAUUUAUAAAAUUAAUGAAUUAUAUUAAUUAUUAUCUAGAUGUGGGUUUUAUCCCCCAGCAAUUCAUACAAGCAUAUCCAGGAAAUGACAGCGGUGCUUUUGAUCCUGCAGCUCGUCCACAUGCCCAGAUCUCUUGGAGCUAGAGAUACAUUUAGUGUGGAAAAGAUAUAGGAUCACAUCCAGAGGCAGCUUAUACCAGAAAGACAUCUGUAGAAAAGAAGUAUAUUGUGAUAGGCAACAAAGGCUUGUGUAUUAGAAUACUGUAUUGUAAAACAUUUUACCAGAAUAAGGAGUAAAUGUAAAUUUCUAGUGGGUAAUAAUUAAGAGAACUGUAGAGCACACCAUUGCUUGGCUUUUUUUUUAAUUAAAUGACAAUCUUUUUAUUUUAUUAUAUUAUUUAUUUUACUAUUUCUGUACUGCCUUGCUGCAAUAUGGACCCCAAAGCAUUUAAUAUCCACUUAGAUCUGAGCCAUUAUAAGUUGGAAGGUAUUUUGUUGACUUCUUCGCUCUAUCUCAUUCUGACAUAUAUUAGGGUUGAAGUUUUCAUUGGAAAACAGACACUUAACUCCCUCCGAUAAACAUUAGGCUUCAGUCUAACUGGGCUACUCCAUAAUUUGGACACAUUCUAGGAUCAUAGGAAGCUGCCUUAUACCAAGUCAGAGCAUUGAUCUGUCUAGUUCAGUAUUGUCUAUAGAGACUGGCAGCCAGUCUCCAAGGUUUCAGGGAGGAGUCUCUCUCAGAUCUACCUGGAGAUUACAGGGAUUGAGCCUGGGACUCUCUGUGUUCACAGCAGAAGCUCUGCCCCUGAGCUAUGGCCCCAGCCCUAACUCUCUGACAUAUGCAGCAUCUUGAAACAAUGGCUAAUGCCCUGCUAAUAUAAACACCAUUACUUUUUUGGCAUCAGACUCAAAAAUAUCACUGAUUUUUCAUGAACUCUAGCACAUAGGCUUGGUACCUAUAUGUUGAAUAAUGCCAGGCUAAAGUCCAUUUGACUAGACCAACAUCUCAGUCACUUCAAUCACUGAUUUAAACAGGGCACAUGAUGAUUUGCACCCACUGAGAAUGAAGCUCAAAGGCUUAAAUCAAAACCAUAACUUUUGUUAAUUCUGCCAUGUAUUCUGGUGGCAGGGCACUCAUUGAAAUGGAACUGCUUAUGUUAUCUGCUUCAGCCCCAAAGGAUUAAUUAAUCAUGCUGGUGUUCAGUUCUGUCUUUUUGUAAAUAAGAUAUGCAGAAAGGAAAUGUUCAUAUCCAUAUAGUGUGCCUAUAUAACCCUGUGGUAAGAAGUAAUGGAUUAUUCAGAGAACUGCAUCAAUUGUACAUAUUCUAGACUGCUGAUCUUUCACUGCUCUGAAAUGUUCUGAUGUGCUUAUGCAAAAUCUUUUUAUAUUCUAAUUUCUUAUUUAGAGUUUGACAUUAUUUUGAGUUGUAAUCAAAAAUGCAUUGUUUCUAUUUGUAAUGACUAUCACAAUUAUAUUUUCUACAAUACAAAGAAUUACAGACCCUAGGAGCACUGUACUCACAGAAGACCAUGGGAUAUAUGCAAAUUAUGGGUAUAGGAUAUAGUCUGUUAUUCAAUAGAUAUUCAUUACAUGCUACCAGUUGGUACCUAUGGGGAGAAUGUAAAUACU